AUGCAAGCAAGAACCGCCUUUUCUUCAACCGAAACGGGAGUCACUUGCAACUCGCAGUGGUGCCUUGAUUUUUUCAGAGAUUGUUUGGCUGGAACAGAGACGCAGCCGUGCUCGUGCGAGAAGGGCAUCCCGCGUGUUAUUGGCAAGCCUUCGCAUCUAUCUGUUUAUUCACCACGGUACUACCGGUUCACAUGUUGCACGGAAGGCGACCCGUACAGCGCAAGCAGUACGGCCCGUUUCACGUUUGACAGAGGCAUGUGCGGAAAUUACAGCAGCACAAAUAUGAUGGCCUCUUGCGUUCUCGCAUUAAUCGUAUUCGCAGUGGGGGCAAUAUUUUGGGUUGGAGGUCGGCUUCGCCAUUGGUAUGUCGACAGGCCGGCCAAGAGAACAGUGGAGGAUGAUUUUGCGGAGGUUCCGACCAUCGUGCUAGACGGUGCCCGAAUGCAUAACAGUAUCUCUCCACAUAAAUGGUGCGUCACACGGACGGAUUUGGAGCAAUUCAGGAGACUAGUGCGGCGGGCAUGUUUGGAUGGACGUAUCAGGCCCACGAAAGCAGACCCGUUCGAUCCGACAGAGAACGUGAUAGGACCGUGCAUUCACAUCAUCGUUGAUCAGUAUAUCAAGCCCGUCACUGCCCGCGCAGGGAAUCCGAGUUGGGCUCUGAUGCUUCACCCAGACGGCCUCGCGUGCGACCUUUUCGUCACGCAUGGCUGGCAAGAGGGAAUUUUUGAGCUUAUCGAUAAAGUCCUGCACUCGUGGCCUGCUGGGAAAAAGCAUGCGUAUAUCUGUUUCCUGUCCAACCCGCAGAACCUUGAUAUUGCGCAUCUCGUAUCGAGUCCACGCGAUUCUCCGUUUGCCCAUGCGCUUCGCUCGGCAACGGACAUGAUGGUCGUGUCCAAUUGCAGAGGAAGUAUUUAUUGCAGGGUCUGGUGCACUUACGAGGCGCACCUGGCAUACACCUUGGACAAGCGAAUCUUCUGCGCGGCAAGUCCGGUUCGUGCUUUUUGGCCUCGCGUCUUAUCCCAGUUGGGUGUAUGUCUAGUUGGGCUAAGCAUCGGCGUUGCCUGUUGCCUUGUCCUUGUCUUCAGUGCCUUCGACCAUUUCGUGGCAUAUUUCAGGAACCUAUUCCUGUUGGUCAUGAUUGGUACUAAGAUUACCUACACGAUCUUGCGAAAAACGCCAUCGGUCACUGCUUGCCGUCAUUCUUGUCGCGUGACGGUUCUGUUUGCUGGCAUUUGCAUGGGGUUCAUAUUGCAACUAGACAUGAUGCACAUCAUGAACUGGGUCGGCGUCCUGUUUGCUUCUGCUUUUGGCCUUUGUAUGGAAGCGGACCGUUUAUGGGCGGUCGUUGCCGUUCGAGAGAAAGUGAACCUGUCUUUGGGCUAUACGGGCCACGUUCGUGACGCACAGUGUUCCGUGCCUCGAGACGGCGAACUGAUUCGCGGCGAAUUGCAUGAGGAAUCCCGAGAGUUCGCUGUAGACCAAAGUGUGGAAUGCCUGAUUCGCACAGGUCUCUCCACCAGAUGCUUGCGCGACACGGCACAGCGAGUCGGCAAACUUGGUAAUGUUACUAAUUGGUAUUUGGCUUCGAUCGUCUCGCAGGCCGGCAUACUCUGGGUGUGGAUUCCUGCUCAUUCGCUUUGGAGCGACGUUUGCAUUCUCGAUCACGGCAUCUCGGCCUACAUUUGCAUCGUACAAGGUGUGGUUUGGUCAGUUUUGUUUGCGUUUGUACUGACCACAGACCGAAAGGCAUUUGCAGCGAUGUCGCUUGAUACCAUUCUUAUUUGCAUACCGAUAAGAGCUGUCAGCAUUUGCGGCUUCAUGUUCAGCACUGCUCUGGUCAUAGGGCCAUUUGUUUUGGUUCUCACUUUGGCAGGGCCUGCCAACGUUGCUCGCAUGCCUCUUGUGGGUCCCUCGAUCGUCCGGUUCUUCGUAGGCGAGUGGGAUAUUCGCAACCCUUGCGCGCGCCGUGCCAGGCCUCAACGCCAGCGAUUUUCUAGAGAGCUCCAGAAUGCUCAGCACGACCUUGCAGAGAUGUACGGCAAGCUCGAGCAAGACUUGACCGGGGCUUCGUCCCCAAGACAAUCAAAGCAGGCCGAGCCGGCACGCCAUCAGUCCGCGAAGGCGGUUCGCCCACAACUCGAGUGGGCCGAGCAGGUACACGUUUCGGCUGCGAAGGCGACUCGCCCACAAGCGGCCAAAGCCGAGUGGGAACGCUUUCGAGUCGCCAAGGCGACUUGA